AUGAGUCAGUAUACGGGGCCGGCCCAAAAGGGCCGGCGAGCCAUUGAGCUGAUGCGUCAGCGCGAGAAGCGCGAGCAGGAACUCAAAGAGCAGACGGAGCGAAUGGAGCAGGAACAGGCUCGCCAUGCUCGAGUUGCCGGCAAGUUUGAGACGCGGAUCAGUAAUGCUGCCGAGGCGGAGGCUGCUGUCAAGACGUACGGUCUUGUCACCCUGGAUCAGAUGAAGGCGGUCCAAGCUGAGGCCGAAGCUGCACGAGCACGCAAGGUGGCAGAUGCGCUGGCCGCUGAGGAGGCCGAAGCUGCCAAGAAGGCAGCCAUGCCCGAGCCCACCAAGAAGCGUACCAAAGCCAAAGUCAAGGUCUCUCUCUUGUACUGCAUACCAUUGCGCACCGCGGUCCUGUCCUUUGGUGGUGAUGAGGAAGAGGAAGAAGACGAAGCCCCUCUGCCCCCUAAGAAGCGCCUGGGCAAGAAUCCAGAGGUGGACACGUCCUUUUUACCAGACCGUGAGCGAGAAGAGCAGGAGCGUUUGCGCCGGGAGGAACUUCGCAAGGAGUGGGUUGAAAAGCAGGAGGAGAUGCGAAACGAACCGAUAGAAAUUACCUACUCAUACUGGGAUGGCUCGGGUAACCGCCGAACCGUUCAAGUUGCCAAGGGCAAUUCAAUUGGCCAGUUUUUGCAGGCGGCUUUGAAACAAUUGCGUGCCGACUUUCCCGAGUUGCGCGCCGUCUCUGCCGAUUCGUUGGUGUAUGUCAAGGAGGAUUUGAUCAUGCCGCACCAUCAUACUUUUUAUGAUCUCAUCGUUUCAAAAGCGCGCGGCAAAUCCGGUCCCCUGUUCCACUUUGACGUCCAUGACGAUGUUCGGUUACAAUCUGACGUGCGCGUAGAGAAGGAGGAGUCACAUGCUGGCAAGGUCUGUUUGCGCUCAUGGUACGAGCGUCACAAGCACAUUUUCCCGGCCUCGCGCUGGGAACCAUACGAUCCGACCAAGGACUACGGUUCUUAUACAAUUUCCGACGGACGCAAACCAUAA